CGAUCGGAACGGCUGCCGCGCGGUCCAUGGCCGCCGCUGCUGUCAACGGGCCGUCGAACCGUCGGCCGAGAUCACGGCCUCGCCGUGACAACGCCUCGAUAAGGCUCUUCCUGCGCGCAUGUCGAGGCUGCCGCCGCGCGCAGAAUUCAUGAUCGCCGCCACGUCGCACGAGGCAACCUGUUGCUACUGAGCGUGCGCGUCAUAAUCUUGAGGAAAGCUCGCACGCGCAUGUGAAUGAGCUCGAGAAAGCCUGUAACCUGUUUUAACUGCGCUGUAAUUUUGACAGCCCCGUCGCAUGGCUACCAUUUGUUGCGCAAAUUCGCGAGCUUCGUGAAUUCCGACUAUUUUUUGGACUCCGCGAACAUGCCAUGCGAACCUGCGCCUUCUCGCUAAACGUAUCUGACCUUUCGCGCCGGCUGGGAAUAACCAUCAACCGCUAUUUCCCCUCUUAUUUCUGGCUUACCAGAAAAGCGCGGCUCGCUGAAACAGCGAGCCACGAGGAGUCCGCGUGUAGUGCGCAGUGUGCGAGAGCGAGUUUCGCAAGCGAUGGCCUUGUGCUUAGGCGCGCGCGCGAUUGCUGGGAUGGUCUAAGCGCCAUCGAGGUGUUUUAAUGGCGGCGCGGCUGCGCGCACGUGCAGGCACCGAUGAUGCAAGAGCUGCUGCGUCCAUCUAUUUGGCGCGUUACGCCUGCACGUCGCCCGAUGAUAGGGUACGCGUGUUUCAGUUGGGAGAGGUCUUAACGGUGUGUAAGUUUAGGUUGAACCGAUCUGCUGUAACCGUUUAUAAAGUACGACUUUCAAAACGUGCCCCACCUGUUCAGCAGCGCGCUCACAAAUUUACUUUUCAGAGCGAGCUGCAUUGCAAGUCGGGACUGCGGGAAAUCGUCCGUGCGAACGACGCUUUCUUGGCCUUGACUGCACAAGGCGUGUGGACUGUACCACUAGGCGAAGUGAGUACCAGGCACUUUCUGCCAGGGCCGUGCUCGGCUUGUGGCCUUCCAUGGGGUGGCCUCGUGGCUGCGUACACCGUGCGUCCAGGCUCUUGGGAGCUGCUUGUCAAUGGCAAGGGGCCGUCUGUGGGCCGCGUCACGUGCCAACCACAGCAUCUUCCAUCUUCGCGGGAUGCAGGCCCUGUGCUAUGGUGUGCCAGGCUUCUGGGAAGUCGGCACCAUGCGAGGUACAACUGUUCGACACCUGGAAGCUCGCUCAUUCUGUCAAAGCCUCUUUCACAGCUUCUGGGUAUGAGGCAAAGCGACCUCCUUGAUCAGUUGACAGAUGUAGAGGAGCCAGGUUCCAGCGUACUACUCGUGGGAUUGCCAGAUGGCCGUGUCCUAAGCAUUCUGCUGCAUGCCGUCCAGCCUUAUGAACAAUGCAGGGCCCGUCUGGUGUGUGACUUGGGCCAGCCAGUGGCUGCCAUCUCCUGCUGGCAGCCUGACCAUCUCGGGAACAAGGACUGCGAGGUGCUCGUCAUUGGCACCAGAGGCAAAGUACUGAGCAGCUGCAGUGGAACUUGGCUGGAGGCCUGGGCACCUAACAUUCUUGAAGAAGCACAUGACCUCUGCCUGACUGGACCUCUUAUCCAUUGGCUGCACAAGGGAAUCCCCUGGGAGGCACACUUGGUCAUCGGGCAGCAGUCCCCACAGGGGUCUCCUUUCCUCCAGGUCAAAGCAGGACCGCUGCUUCUGGGAAAGGCUGUGUCAAUUCAGAGCCUUGGAUCCUCUGUCUUGACCAAGCUGCAUGGUAAAGCAACCACAAGCGAAAGUGAGCUGAGCCAAGAUGACGCUGGGCUCCUGAUUCUGGACGGAUGCGGAGGCGUGCGUUUGGUAUCGCCCCUGCCUCCACGACACCUUUCACUUCAGGGUCUGCAUCCGCACCCAGUCAUCCAAGCCAAAAAUGAGCUGCUGUUUGUCCAGGCGGCUUUGCAGCAGCUGCGACAGCUGCAGCAUCGCGCAAUACCAGUCACUGCUGAACGUGACAUCCAAGAUGGUCGCUUGGUCGCCACUUUUUCGGAUUCUGCAGCCUCCAACUGGAUUCACGUUGCCAGCUUUGAUGUCGGCGAUCGCACCAUUUGCCGGUCUGCCGCUGCUUCUCCAGCUACAGGAGGAGGGCCCCUGCAUAUACGUUUCAAGUGCAAUACUGCUGCAGUGGCCAUCAUGGCAUUGGUGCUGCCAUCUAGGAAAACCACGGGAAAGCCUGUGCUAACUCUGCUCAAGAUGAUAGUGCUUCCAUCGCAGAACUGCCUCAAGGAGGGGCCAGCUCAAAAGACAGCUGUGCUCACUGUGGCAAGCCACUUGGUUUCCAGUGGCUCUGGAGGAGCGACCCGGUUUACCGAGUGCCUCGGACUCCAGGCAUGGCCUGCUCACCUGCAACCUGUAGGUCAGGGUGUCUUGUCAUUAGAGUUGGAGCUGCCCGGGAGCCAUUGGUGGCCAGCAUUGAGAGCAGAGAUAAUGCUACGCAUGCUUGACAUGGUGAAAGAUCACGAUGACACCAGAGCCAUGCCCGACGUGAAAGUCGGGGAGAGAGUUGAGGCGGCUUGUCGAGAAGUUGAGCGUCUGCUUUCCACGGGGAACACCUUGGAAGCAUACAAUGCUUGGAGGACACGCCUGGGGAUGGCUUUUCCUGUUGCUUAGAUGCGUGGUCUUGGUGGUCUUGCAACAGGCAGCUGCAGACACUCCCUCAGUGUCUUGCGUACCGGAACGUGCUCACACAGGGCAGCGGGAUCCGUCAGCACUGCAAUUGGCACCUGCAAAGAAGUGUGAUAAGGUCACUAGGAACACAUGCCAUGUGUGCAUGCCAGCGUAGAAUACAACAUCUGCUGGUGCAAUGGUAAUUGGCACUACUAAUGUGUGCUUCAGUAAAAACACGUCAGCAAACAUGCUUGUGGAACAACUGACAAUUUGAACUUAGUUUGUGUUUUUUGAAGAAUUUCAGAUGUUGUGCCUUGAUAAAUGACCCUAGGUUUGCAAGGUGUGCGAGAGUGAAGGAGUUCGUUUGGGUCCCCAUUAUGUACAGCUGUAUAAAAUUUCUCUAAAUAAACAGUUUUUUACUUUA